CUUCUUUUUAACGAGAUUGCGCACGUAUAAUCUGUCUGAUAAGUUAACCCAAUGCAAUUGAAGUUAAAGCGCAUUGCUAAAGAUAUAAUUUUUUCCAAGAUAUAUUAAAAAUCAAAUGUCAUUUUUUGUGAAAUUAUUCCCUGAUGAAAAAAAAUUCUGCGAAUUAGUUAUUGCUUCGAAUAAAGCGAGGCAUCCAAGUAAAACCAUACCAUAUACAGAAACAACGAACAGUAUAAAAUUGCCAUUAAUCGCGAAAUUAAUUAGGUUACAGAGACGUCAAACAUUAAAAUCGUGACGUUACGUGUUUGCCAAUAUUGCGGCGGAAUUCCGCGAGUAAUCUGAAAAAUAUUUGUUUACAACGAUUACGAGCAUUGGCUAUAGUUAUUCUUGCUCGGUAACGCGAACGCACGCACAUGGACGAAUUUAAUUUAGAAAAUGAACGCGAUCUUCUAAAUUCCCUGAAGGAGACAAUUUUGAGCUCCACCGAGCAUAACUUGCGCGAAUUCAUGGACGACAUUCCGCAGAUUUUUGUCACUGACAAUCUUAAAGCUGUAUCUCACAAAGAGGAGACGAAUGGAGAGAAGACACAUACACUUUUCGAUAAAUUCUCAAUAUCGUCCGUUAGCACGUCAAAAGAUAACGUGAAAGAAAUUGCAGCGUUGGAAGCAAAAUGCGAAGAGUUGCGUGCUCAAGUCGAGCGUCUAACGAAAGAGAAAGAGGGGGCAUUCAAGGAGAUAGAACGUUUGAAAGAUCAAAUAUUAAAUCAGAGUACUUAUUGCACAAGCCUUGGUGCAGUAUUAGGUAAUCUGACAUGGCGUGCUUCUAGAUUUCCGCAAAUAGUCGACGCUUGGUUAUCAAACUUUCAGAAUAAAAUAGGAGAAUUUUUGUCGCUAGUGAAUGGGACUUUCGGCGCAUUCGUUAAUACUUAUAGAAGCGUAUUCCCUCCCACGAGCAACAUUGAGUACCAAUUUGUAAUGGGACUACUCGGCAUCGUCAGCAAUAUAUCGGCGAGCCCGGAAGGUCGUCAAUUUUUAAUCACAAAUUCUAGCGGCACGGAAUUCGUGCAAAAGUUAAUUAAACUGACGCCCGAAUUGCCGCCGGCUCCCGGGACGGUAUCACUGAAAAGAUUAAUGUUAAUGAUCCUGUACAACGUGAGCAUGAACAAGACCGGCUUGGAAUAUCUGCUCGAGUCACGAGUGGGAGACGCGCUAAGUCAUUGUUUGGAUGAUGAGGCGUCUUCGGAGGAGAUGCAGUUGCUCUGCCUUCGCGUACUGCAAUCCGUCACUUACGAUCUCGAUGAGCCGAAGUACGUUCACGAUUUGACGACGAUAAUACCGAUCGAAACAAUCGAGACGAUGACGUUCGCGAAACGGAGCGACAUAAGCGACGCGGCGAAACAAGUCGUCAAAAAUUUACGGCACAGUCAAAAAAUUACAAAGUAAUUAUUAAAUUAAAUAUGAAACCGAACGCGUUCCGUCAUGAGUCAUGACACGAUCGUGUCUUCUAUAUGAUUCGUAUAAAAGCACGUAUAAGUAAUAAAAUGUUUCAAUAUGUAUAAAUUUCUUCGCAGAGAUGAUGAUUAAACUUACAGUUGAUUUCUGACUAUUUUUUAAA